GUGAUGUCAACGAAUAAUAAUAUUGUACUUGUUAAUAUUGUGGAUUUUUAGUGAAUUUGUGUACGUAAGUAGUUUAAUUAUAAGCCGGAAUAUGCACGGUAUAGAUUUGCGUUCUAAUUAAUAUCCAAUUCUUAAGAUGGGGUGAUUGGAAACAUGGGGUACAUUGAAACGAAGAUUGGGGUUAAUAGAGAUUGUCGUGAUUCCAUUUGCUAUAAUCAUAUUAAUUGAUGUUACGAGUGUCUUAUAGUUAAGUUUGAAAGCAAACAGCAAUUAUUGUGAUAAAAUCAAUAGGUACAAACACCUAGCCGCAAAAGCGCAAUUUUUCAUCUGAUCAUCUGUGAUCAUCAAUUCUGCGAGUUCCUAUUCUUGUAGUAACAUUAUCUACUUGUGUUUUGCACAUAAAAACAAGCUUACCUACCAUACGCAUUAUUUUAAACGAAAAUGUUGUUUAAUAAUAAUACCAUAUGGUGUUAACCUUGAGCCAUCCUAGAUGUCGCUUUUUAUGAGGGGGCCCAUCGAGUCACCGUCUGUCGUGAAAAAAAAUGCAUAAUUAGACAGGCGUCCGCUUUUUAGGGUUCCGUACCAAAAAGGUACUAAAGGAACCCUUAUGGUGCGACUCACUCCGUCGGUCUGUCUUAUCGCUAAAUACUUUAAGCCAUUGAUUUGAAAUUUAGAGCAGUCAUUGAAAGUGUUUUAUUUUUAGUAAAUAGGGAAAAUGCGUAAUAUGAAGAGGGGGCAAAAUUAGUUUAUUUACUAGGUCAAGUGGGGUAUCAUUUGAAAGAGCUUAAAUUGUACAUUCCGAAAUAUUUUUCAUAACAAAUAUUUAUGAAGAAAAAAAACAAUACCAUUCCCCUUCCCUUCCGUAGUUCCCUCCGUAGUAAUCUGGAGUUUACCAAUGAAAAAAAAUCAUUGAUUUACAUUACAGUAACCUUAACUUAAAUAUUACAGGAAAAAUAUAACCACACCUUCUAACUUGAUAACUUUUUUUAUUAUCAAAAAACUUUUCCGAAUUAAAUUUGCAAUUUUGUCACCAUUGCGCAUACUUUAAAUUUAUAUGAGAUUACACUUAAACAUUUUAAACAACCUUCAUUCAAAUAAAAGAAAAUAUAUCAACUAUUAGAAUCCAUUUUUUUAAAUAAUUUAAUUCGUGUUUGUACUUGAAAAAGUAGAAAUACCACUACAGGAUGUAACUAAAAUAGUGGGGAUCCUUGCACGAGCAUAUUCAGUAUUGUGUUCUGAUUUUUGCUGCUUUACAGAUUCAUACUAUUAAAUACAACUAUGGUGCGUAAUUAUAAACCAAAGCCUGGGUCCAGGCAAUACAGAAAAUAUGACCCAGAAAUAAUGAAGAAGGCAUAUAAAGAGUUUCGUAAUGGUGAAGGCUCUUUGUGUAGUAUUGCAAGGAAAUAUAACAUAACCAAAUCAUGUUUAUACGGCCGCAUCCAUUAUAAUAGAACUAAUGAAACUGGCGGAAGAAAAGCUUUUACUUUAGAGAGAGAAGAACAUAUUAUAAAAUAUAUACAUGCUUGCGCACCGUGGCAAUACCAUCUGCAGUUUUGGGAUUUAAGAUUGCUCAUAAAAUUCUAUCUGGACAGACGUCCGGUAAUUGCAAAAAGGAAAUUAGAGAAUAAUUUACCAGGACAAGAACUUGUCACGAAAUUGAUAAAAAGGCAAGAGGACACUAUAUCACAGAAAGUCAUCCAAAACAUUAACGACAACGGCGCAGUCACAGCUGAAGCUGUUCUUAGUUAUUUUCAUGAACUGAAAAUGUUGAUCAACGAUUUGGAUCCGCAAAAUAUCGUUUGUUUUAAUGAUAUUUUUAUUAUAGAUGAGGUUGAAGAUAAUAAAAUUAAAGAAAGAGAAAAUUUAAAAAUAAAUAAUAUGCUUGCAAUGCUGGCAGCUUCCGCCACAGGAGAGGUCUUAGAUCCACUCAUUUCGUAUAAAGAGAAACCUUGUUAUGAGAAAACUCCAAGAAGAUCUAUAAUGUCCAAGCAGUUACAUGAGGAACGAAAAAGGCUGAAUACUAGUAUUUUCGAAGAUUGGUUCAAAUCUGUCAUUGUCCCUUACUAUGAAGGAAAAUCAGGCAAAAAAUGCUUAAUAGGCGGUUUCUUUUCGUCGCGUAUUACAAAAGAUAUACUUGAAAUGUGCAAAGAACAAGAUAUACAUUUUGUAUUUUUGCCAGAUAACUCCAGUAACUUGACUCACCCUCUCUACAACCUAUCGCAACUGAUAAAAAAAACAUGGAGUAGUAUACUUCCUCAGGUAAAAUUGGACAGCAAUCAAUACACAAUCCCGAAACAAAGUUUUUUUGAAAUGACUCAAAAUAUAAUUGCUAAUGCAACUGAUACAGUUUUAGAAGAUUUUGAAAAAACUGGAAUAAAGCCAUUUAAUCCAGAAAAAGUAUUAAAACAAUUGCCUGGUUAUAAUGAAACAAUUGAAAAUGUGGUUGAAGACUUUGAGAAGCAUGAAGCGGAAGCACCAGAAAUAGCAAUUCAAGUGAAAACAGAAGUAGAAUUUAGUGACCAAUAUAGUGACGAUGACUACGACGACGACAUUUUAAGUAAUUACAUUGAGAAAAAUAACGCUAAAAAAGAAAAGCAAAAUACUGACAGCUUAUCCGAAACUAAGCAGAAUGAUGAUGAAAAGCCUGAAGAUAAAAUGGAAUUAAAACUAUCACCUGUAGAUUUUCAAGAGGAUAUGAUAUGUGAAGAUGCUUCUAUAGAUUGUACGCCAAAAAAUAUGAUGGUGGACAUUGAUUUCGUUCCAAGGUCAUCCAGAGGCCGUAAAUUAAAACUAAAAAGAAAAGAAGAUUCUUCUGAUUCAGAUUACGUCCCGAGAGAUAAACCCAUUCCAAAAAAGCGCGCUAUAAACAAAAAACAAUCAAUGGGGAAAAGGAACACCAAAGUUUCUACCAACGGUACAGAGAUAGACCCACUUUCGAGCGGUCAGAGUGGCACCAACGUGCAAAUCGAUGAAAAUCAACUUGAGAACGAUACAGCCCUUACGCAAACACGGCUGCUAGAAGCGAUCCUGUCAACUGUAAAUCGACAAGAGAAGCUGCAAGAACGCGCCACGAUAGCCAUGGAGACUCAGGCUUCAGCGCUGUCGAAUAUCGCUCUGUUGUUGGAGCGGUUGGCGAAUAGUAACAAAACAAUUUAAUUAAUAUACCUAGUUAGAAAUAUGUAAGAACAGGCGAGAGGCAUUAAUAAUGAUGUCAAAAAAAGAUCUCUUUGUGAUGUAUGAAUAACAUAUCAACCGCUAUUACAUAAGUUGUGUUAGCUAUCGUAACACUGGGCUACUUUGAUUCAUGGAGUAAGAUUUAUCAACUAUUUUAAUAUUAUAAAUGUUAUAA